AAAUACAUUCCGGUGCAACUUGGGUAGAGCACAUUGUCCUGUUUUCGAUCACUUCAUCCCUCCCAUCUUAUCUCUCAAAUCUGCUACUAGUUGAGGACUUCGAAGUAACUAGAGAUGGCUUACUCGAUGGCAGUCCGGAGCUGUGUUCUUGCAGUUAUGUUGGUACUUGCUGUUGCACCUGGAGCUUACGCGGCGGUUGAGGGGUGUAGCACGGACCUUAUUCAGGCCAUGAAGAAUAACCCUGAUCUGUCGAUUUUUGUACAAGUGAUCGAUGCAGCUGAUCUCGAAGAUAGACUCAGCAAGACAAAUAACGCCACUCUCCUUGCACCUAGAAAUGAUGCUUUCAACGGUACAAACGGCUUAUAUCCGUUGCUGCAAGCAAACAACUUGACUUUGGAGCAGGUUACUGGAGACAACAACCGCGCCGGGAGCAUUAUCUUGUAUCAUAUCAUCCCUGGUUCCCCGCUCACCAUCAACCAGCUCUCGGACAACAAGGUCCUCAGCACCGGCCUUUAUGGAGCCACCAUCACUGUUGAUAAAGUCAAUACCGGGAACACCGUAAGCAUAGUCAUACCCUUCACGGCCUCUUUUAGCUUCAUUACUUCUUUGGUCGCUUGUAUUCUUUAUUCUGUACGUUUCCAGCCGAAUCAUCAGAUGUCGGUGUCCGUCUUCUCUGCAUCGCAGGUCCGAACAAACUUCAUUGGACGCGGCAGCAAUGCCACCGUCACAAGUGCCGACCUGAGAGUGUGCAACAACAUCGUGCACAUCAUCAACCGAGUGUUGCUUCCUAACACUACCUUGAGUGCUGUCCCCGGAUACGACGACGACACCCCUACUCCGGGAAUCGGCGCCGCUUCCUCUUUGGCCAUCGGAACAUGGGUAUUUGCUCUCACUGGAGCUCUUGCCGCUGCUCUCUCAAUGUAGAUAAACGUCCCCCCCUACAAAAACCAGAACUGAUCUCGUGAGCUAGCUACGGAUGUGGCAAGACUGUUGAAAUCUCUUGUCAUUCGCUCAUCUCUGGGAUGAUGAGGUUGUAGAAACUGUAGAGUUCCCUUUUCAGUAGUCUCUGGGGGUCAGCCGGCAAUUUUCUGGAUACGAAUUGUCCAGAUGUUGGAUCGAAACGUCCAAUGCGGCACUGUUCAAAGAUUGAUUUCAUUUCACUUUUAAAAAUGCUUGGUGUCAUCGACGAUUUUGUGACCAUUCGUCGAUUGUAAUAAAAUCCGUCUAUAAAUAAAAUAAAAAGAAAAUCAUGUGUAUACCAGUACUCUCGAAGUA